AUGUCUUCCUCCGGUUGUGGCCGAAGAUUUACCGACUACUUUGUAGUCAGCGGAUUAGAUCUUGUAACUGGACUAGAAGCUGAUCAAUUGUCAGGUUUGUGAGAAAUUUAUACACAGUUUACUUCGCUGUUCUCGAUGUGCUCAUACUAACGAUUCGUCACAGACCCGUGAGGCAGAUGUGAUUUGUUUUUUUGACAUGUCGUUUCGUUUGAUUUGUGCCAGUACUAUUGAUUAGUGACCAUUUAACAUUCGGAAACGUUCAUGACGCCUCCACGGUUAGAAACUGUAAUGUUAAGAGAUACGCAGUAGUAGUUUUAUUCUAGAAUGUUAUAAUUAUAUAUCCUAGAUCUUAGUAUGUCAGCUCAUAUUUAUUUUUGAAUAUAUUUUUGUCCCAACGUCAAGCAGCGACGGUAGUCAAAAAGUAAAAUCACAGGUGCCUAUAUCUGUUAAAUUUAUACUUAAAAUGAGAAGUACAGUUUAUAAAAUUUACUUCAUAAUAACUUAGGUAAAUUUAUUUUCGAAGUUAUAUUAUGUACCACAGAAAUAAGAUAUGGCUAGGUUCACGGCUGUUCUUUAGUUCCUAUGGAUAAUUUCCACUUGAAAACAAAUUUUCUGUCACAAUCGCAGAUGAUACACAACUACCGUGUAGGUUCUUGUGGAUUCAUUACAUCUGUUUAGAUUUUUCAUGAAUCCAUUUACUGUAGCUGUACUUUAGUUUGGCCGCAUAUAGUAGUUGAACUGCUUGGUUUCCUCAGCAGCUGACAAACAGAGAUAUCAUAUGUCUAGAAUUCAUUUUAUAAUCCUUGAAUUUGUCUUAGACAUAUGAGAUAUCACUUCUUCCAAACCGGUGACAUUAACAUAAUGUGCAUAUAUUGGCUUCAGCAUCUUUCCUACGAGUGUUCUUGUAUUGCUUCAGUGGCUUUUCAUUUGAUGUUAUUUGAAAAGGAGAAAUUUCUAAAGUAUUCAUUUUGAUUCAUCUGCAAAAAAAAAAUUUUAUUAUUUUUUGGUUUGUUUGCUUGUUUUUUUUUUUCUUUUUUUGUUUUUUUUUUUGUACAUUAGGCUUAUAUGUAUAUUGCUUGCAAUUAGAACAAAACUAUUUAAGCUUAAUUAGCAUAUGUGGUUUGAUUUAUGAUUCUAAUAUGCACAGUCAUACUCUAUUGUACAUUUUUUCUAUAUUUACAUUGAUUUCGUUUCCUUAUAUUUCUGCAGUAUUAAUCUAGCAGAGUAAAGCUGAUAAAUUAAAGACAUUGCAAACCAGUAGAAAUGCAUUGUAUUUAAUUUUUGAUGGCUUUUCGAGAAUGUAACAUUUGAGUUUGUGAACUUCUAACCCUAAAAUCGUCCAGCCUUUGCGUUUCAGUGAUGAGUUGCCAUUAAUUGGUCAUAAUUUUAUACUUGUAAGGGAAGGUAUUUCAGUCUGUCUUUGUUUCUCUUGGUGACAACCAAUUGGUUUAAGUGCACAAUGUUUCACCCUUAAAAGACAUAUUAGCUGAAAAAGGAUUUACAGUGUCUCACUACCUAGGCUUGAAUUGUUUAGAGCCAAAAAAGAAUCAAUUCAGAGUUGUUUUGUUACCAUGAUAUGUUGUGAUUUGGAUAAUUUCUUGAUUCAAAUUUGUUCAAACCAUUUGCAUUGUUAGUUUCCCUAGUUUCAGGUUAUGAAAAUGGAUGAAAAUAGAAAAUAAGAAUCAAACUGGUUUUAAAAAUUGAGACCAAAAAAAAAAUGAAGAAAUUUAAACCAUAAAUUAUAUUUUGUAGUUUAAACCAAAUUUUUAGGUCAAACUGGUGUCAAACAACAAAGCCAUGUACCAUGAUUUGUUUGAAUUAAACUGCCUUGAUAACUGAACUCAAUUUAACCUGAAAAUAUUUUUAGCCUCAACUGACACAAAUGUCAUGUCACUGUUACUUACAGUCUAAAUUAGUUGUAGUGAACCAGGGAUAAGUGCUAAGCAGGUUUCCAAUAAUGGAGUCCAAGAAUAUACAGCUAUAGAUAGUUAAAUAUUGUAUAGGUGUAGGAUGUUUUCUAAGAUACGGUUGUAUUGAACAUGUAGCAUGCCCUAUAUUUGUACAGUCAACUCUCUCAUAAGCAGACACCUAUGGUAAUGGGAAAAGUGUCUGUUGACUCACAAGAGAGUGUCAUGUCAGACUCUUGUUUAUGUUAAACAAAUGGGCAGCUUACUUUCCCAUGGGCAAAUGGAGAUUUUAUAAAACCAAUCGCCACUGUUCUGUUGGUCUGUCAAAAAUCAAGACAAAUUCAAGAUAAAGUUUAUUGCCAAGAGUCAAUUAUUAUGUAUGGGGUGUUGGCUUACAAGAAAGCAUGAACAAUAAACAAAUCCAUGUGUCUGUAAGUAGAACCAUCUGCAUACAAGAGUGUCUGUUAGCAGAGGGUUGACUAUAGAGUUGAAUUCGCCUGUAUAAUUUUCAAGAAGUCGUUGUUUUGUUUUUGACAAUGAUAAUGAUUUGUCCAUUGCAGGUGACUCAUUGCAUAUAUCUCCUUUGGAGCGCUCUUACAAAGCCAAGGUUUUGAUGCACUUUCCUUCAAAUGUUGAAUGGAAUCCUUUUGAUGAAGAUGCUGUUCGUAUGGUAAGCCUCCUCCCAAAAUUACUCUCACUGAUAAUUUAUUUGAAGAUAUUUGAUCACCUGUGUUUUUUGAUGAUGCACAAAAACUUUUACACUUGUAUCCCAUCUUCAUCAUGUCAGAUUUUUCAAAUAUGAAAUUUAUAUGCAGUGCUCUACCAACUGAGCUAGCAAGCCAACUGGGAGCUGGUCACUGUGUUGGUUCCAGAAUAAACCUGUGAAGUGGUGAAUAAAUGACUGUGAAUAUAUGCAAGUCAUAAACAGUCAUAACAGUGGAUAAAGAUGUGAAUAUGAAAGUGAUCUUUGCAGUAAUGAACACUACUUAAGCAGUAGUGAAAAGUAGUGAAUUUUCACGUCUUUAUCUGCAGUUCAAAUACGUGACUUGCAUAUAUUUACAGCUGUUUUUUCACCACUUCACGGGUUUAUUUUGGAACCAACACAGUGACCAGCUCCCAGUUGGCUUGUUAGCUCAGUUGGUAGAACACUGCACCUGUAUCGCAGAUGUCAUGGUUUCAAAUCCCGUACAAGCCUGAAUUUUUUUCAGGCCUUCUUUUCACUACUGCUUAAGUAGUGUUCAUUACUGUGAAGAUCGCUUUCAUAUUCACAUCUUUAUCCGCAGUUCAAAUAUAUGACUUGCAUAUAUUCACAGCCAUUUAUUAACACUAUUUAUUAUAAUUGUGCUGAAUGCCUUGGAACAGGCCAUUUACUAGAGGGUUAAACUAGACCUUAUACUGUGGAUGUUCUCUAAUUGUGUCAAUCCAUCCUGCAUUUAUUUCCUUUUUAUUUUUUUUUUUCAGCUUUGCCUGCCUCAAGGACUAACUUUCAAGAAGGAAUCUGAAUAUCAUGAACAACAUUUUCACUCUUUUCUGAUUACUCGUGAAGAUGGCUCCAGGGUUUAUGGCUGUGCUCUUACAUUCUAUGAAAUUGUCAAAGAUGCUCAGAUCUGCAAAGCAAUGGACACACUACAGGCAAUGCAUGAUGCAGAGCUAGCCAUUGCAGAAUCACGGUCUCGUUCAAAAUCUCCAGUCUUUGUCACAAAUAAUAGUGUUGCACCAUUGGAAACAGAUAAUCGCAGUGAAUAUUUAAACACCAGCUCUGACAUGCUCAAUAUUUCGAAUAGAAAAUCAUUUAGUGUUAGAGAAGAUACUCUUCUAGUUUCAAAAUCAAUCUCUAUUAUAAUGCCAUUCCCAUUUAUCUCUGCUGGAAAGGGUUUCCUGGAGCAGAUUUUGAGGGCAGUGCAGAAUGAAGAAAAUUUACAACUUCCUUUGGAAUCAUACAUUUAUAAUCUCCUGUUUGAGGUGCCUCUUCCACCUCCUGGAAAAACAAUGAGGUUCAAUUGCUGUGACUCAAGCAUCACCUGUCAAAGACCAGGUGUAAAUGAGCUCCCUCUGUUUGAUUAUUCAUUCAAGAAGCUUUUUACUUUGCUUGGUAUUGAGAACAUUGUGAAGCUGUUUACUUGUACCCUGUUGGAACAACAAAUUUUGUUAUUAUCAAAUGGUAAGUAAGAUGACCUAACAGUUUUUGGAAAUUAUGUUACUAUUAAGCUUGUCUUAUGAUAACCUAAAUUAGAAAGCUCAUGUUAUGAAUUGAUUUCGUAAAACCAUAUUUGAAGCAAGGCUCAAUUAAUUAUAAUAAUAUCAGUGGAUGAUACUAAUUGCUAUUGCAAAAGCACAAUGUAUGUGAGAUGAUGUGUAAGGCAUACAAAUGUAAGAUGUGGGUAAAAUGUUUUAUGGUCAUUGCCAAGCUUCAAUCUCUGAAAUGAUUAUUUCUGCUAUGAUUAAACAAUCAUAUAAUUAUGUACUGGUAAGAAAUUUUUCCAUAGCUAUCUUUUUUGCCAUUGGGAUAAGAUUAUUAUCUAUAAGGUCUAGAGUUUUAUCAGGAGGAUUGUUGGCAGAUCUAUUCAAUAUUUAAAAUAAAGUUAUUUAUAACCUUUAUUGUAUGUUUUUGAUGUCAUAAUUUACCAUGUUUUAAGAGAACAUAGUGACUAAAAAGUACUGUACAUCCUAUGAAGCACUGUUUACAGUUAGUAUAAAUAUAUACCUUAAAAAUGUUAUCAUUUGUUCAACAGAUUUCCACAAGUUUAUGUUGGUGGCUGAGAGUGUGACAGCAAUUCUUUUUCCUUUUGUUUGGCAACAUGUGUAUGUUCCAAUUCUACCAGCGGCUCUGUCACAUUUUUUAGAUGCACCAGUACCUUUCCUUAUGGGAAUUUAUUGUGCUUCUGAAGAGGAUAAAAAUAACCUGUGUCUUCCGUCUGAGGUGCAUUUUGUAUUUCUUUUAUUUAUUUUAUCAGUGGUGGAAUUCGCCUUUUGACUGAGAUGUUUUAUGAAGUUUUGUGUUGAUCAAAAUACAUUGUAGAAUUUGAGUACUACAAACCAUUUACUGUACAUGUAUUUACUUUCUGUGUUUAAUUAUUUUUUCCCAGGCUUCCCUCUGCUUAGUUGACAUAGACAACUGUACUGUAUCAAUGCCAGAAGAUCUUCCUGUGUUUCCAGAUGAGCAGGAGCUGAUUGAAGAGCUGACAGAUACUUUAAAGCGAUUUAAUGUGUGUUUACCCCAGGAAAGUCUAAGUCAACCAGGAAGUGGAAUGAAUAGUUUGGAAAACUCAUUAGAAAUUCCACCAGAAAAUAGUUUCACACAAACCGCAAAUGGCAGUUCUGAUUAUGAAACUGGGAGCAAUUGUGACUCUCCACAAGGAUCACCUCGUUCCAAGUCACCUAUCCCUGGGUCACCACACACAGGAUCACCACUCUCAGGGUCACCACACUCAGGGUCACCCCGCUCUGGGUCACCUGUUCUAGAAGCCAAGAAAAUCAAACAUAAGGACUCACCAAAGAGGUCUCACAGAAUGAAGGCUCGUGGAAAAGUUGAAUCUAAAGUACCCAAGUCUAAAUCUUCUACCAGUUUGGAUAUUACAAAAAAUCCCAGAUUGCAGGCAAUUGCAGCAAUUGCUGAGAGGACUGGUAUAAUAGCACCAAUUUCAACAGUUGCUUCAAACUUAGAAAAAUCUGUUUCUGAUACCCAGCUACAGCAAUUUGCUGGCUCAGAAAAUGAGUUUAUUUUAGGAGAAGAGGCAAAAGAAAUUUCAAGAAGUCAACAACACAAAAAUGAAUUCAAUACUGCCAUUAGGGAGAUAUUUGCCAAUCGAUUCACACAGCUUCUUCUUGAGUAUGAGUCAUUUGUUAUUCAGCCUAAGCAAGACUUAGAAGAUUGGACCUCAAAUAGGGAACAAAUGCAAAACUUUGACAAGGCUUCCUUCCUUUCUGACCAGCCUCAACAAUUUCUUCCAUUUCUUUCAACAUUUACCGAGACACAGAUGUUUGCAAGCUUCAUUGACAUGAAAAUAAUGGGAACUUGGGAAGAUCCAGACCCUAGAUUGGCUGUGUUUGAUCAGCGUGUGGAGAAUUUGAAGACAAGACUUGGAAUCACCAGAUCACCUUCUUAUGAAAAAUGCAUGACCUUUAGAAAUGCAGGCGAGUGAUUAAAAUGAAAUUCUUAGUCAGAGUAACAUUUUUCACCACCAUGAAGUUCUCCUUUGGGGGUUGCUUAUUGUUGCACAAGAAAAGAAAUCAAGAGAAACACGAAAACAAUUAUUCAGUAGAAAAGAAUUGUGGAAUAACAAAGCACUCUUACAAUGUACCUUAUAUUCAGCUACUCUAUCAGGCAUAGAACAUGAUCUUUACCUUCAUGUCAUUGGACAUUGUAUGACUGUAACUACAUUUCAUAACAAAACUCAUGCAUUGUUAUUUUGGAGAAAAGAUUUGCAAAUGAGCUAAAAAUUUAACUCUGAUCUUUCAGAUGUCUAAACAUAGUCUCCUAGUAGUCUCUUAUUUUAAAGUUAAUGGUGAAAUUUUGGUUAUUCUUAAGUAAACAUACACAGGUGCAAUUAUUGUUAUUGGCAUUUUGUGCCAUAUCACACCUUCAGUAUUCAAAGGAGCUUUUAGCUUGAAAGAAGGCAAUAUGGGCUGGAUACAUUGUAACUUUAAGUAUAAGGCAUCUCUCAUCAUUUAAUAACUACUCAUGCAAUAAUUUUAUUUUCUUUAUUUGUAUUUUAGUUCAAGUUCUCUUGCGCCGUUCCAACUCUGUAGAUCACAUGGCAACACAACCCCAUAAUCUAAAUAUUUCAGAAAAGAAAGGUCUGAUCUUAUUAAUUCCUAUUCAUUCAAUUUAUAUUAUAGGAAAAGAAAAAAAAUAUGGCUGCUGGUAACAAUAAAUUAAAUUUGAAAUUUUACAUCUGUCUCAAUAGGCAUGCAGUCUUAAAUAAUUAACAAUUCUUUGCCAAGUGAAGGUGAAUAGUGAUGGAUAGUUAUCUCGCCACUUUGUCUCAUUGGCUACUCAGAGGUGAAUAGUACUUGCUAUUCACUUCCACACAGGCCAAUCAACACAUGCAAAAAGCACUAUUCACUUGUGUUGUAUAUACUAAUAUUCAGUAUUUAUCAUUCAGACUAUGUGUGAUAGAACAUUCAUUUGUUUUCAUAGGAUGUUUUAGUGACAUCAUUAAUUAUCUGGUCCUUUUUGAUUAACUUUUUAAUUUAUUCUUUGUGUGUACACCUUGUAGUCAGCAGCAGUGGGUACUUCAUGAACUUGAGUUCAGCGGUUCUAUGUGAUGGGCCCAACUCCAAGAGGUACAUGUAAAAAGUUUUCCCAUUAUUUUUUAGAGUACAUGAAGGUUAAGAAGUUUGCAAAGAUUACAGUAUUGUUCAGUAUCACAUGUAUUGUGACAUUUCUACAAUUAGUAAGUACAGUUAGUAAAGGCAAAUAGGAAUGGAGAGAGUUUACUCUAAGUGAAAUGUGAAGAUUUUCCAAUAGGAAAUUGUAAUUUUCUUGGAUGGAUUAUCUCUUUCACAUACUGUCUGCUCUGUUUUCACUUUUUUGUAAUUUUGAAAAUGACAACUAUGAUAAUAGUUUAUAAUUAUUUAUAUGUGCUUUGUGAAAACUUUUAUUUUUUGUAGUGGUCAUCAGUCCAAAGUGAAAUGGAGAAAAAAGAGUCGGCAACAGCAGCAAUCUGAACACAUUUUUCUCAAUACCACCCAGGUAUAACACAUUUGUCUUUCAAAACUGCAUUCUAGAGGACAAUUAUUUUUGUUUUUUAUCACUUACACAAAUUUUAUGGUUUGAAAUUUGCAAAGUACCACAAACCUGCAUGUCUGUCAAAGAUGCAUGUAUUUCUUGUGCUUUUCAUUAUCAUGCUACAUGUAUAUAGUUUACACUGUUUGUUUUUUUUCUAAGAGAAUGAUGAUUCCAAGAAAAUCUGUAAUUAUAUUCAAUUUAGUAAAGAUACAUGAAGACAUAUUCUGGUUGAUUGGUUUCUUGGACUUCAGUGAAACCCAAACAUAGGUUCAGCUGAAAAAUGUGCAAAAUUUGGUGGAGUGUUAUUCUGCUGCAGUUUUCUUGUUUGUUACCUGACAUGCUUUAUGAGUUGUGUGACAAACUAAACGGUGAAAUAUUUUAAACAUUUAAAAAAUGAAGCUACACAGUAACACAAUGUUCAAUACUGGGAUGAACUGUAUUUACAAACAUUUAUAACUGAUGUGCUUUUUAUCACAAGUAGGGUUUCUGUAGCUGGUUUUUAGUGUUAUCUACAUUUACAGAUUAGAUUAUUAUAUGCUUUUGAAUGUAUUUCAUUUCAUAUGGAUGACGUGACAAGAAAUACUAAUAAUAUUACUGUCUUGUUUUGAUAAGAGGUGUGGUGACACUCAAUAUAAGAAUGCACAAUAUCAUGUCAUAAGGUCAUUGAUGUUGACCUGAUAUUGGAUGUUAUUCACCAACUCAUACAUGUCUUGUCUGAGGAAUAUUUCUAAAGUGAAAGCACAUUUUGGUUACUGUUAAACCAUAUAGUGUGAGCAAAACUGUGUUCACUUGAUAGAGUUACGUACAAGUCAUGUACGUGAUUCAUGUCACCUGGAAUUUCAUCACAAAGUCAGUUAUUUGUAAUUUUAGGAUGGAAAGAAGAUGAGAGACAAACUGGCAACAAGCAUAAAGGUAUCUUAACUUACCAGACAUUUUCUGUGUGUGCUUUGUUAGCUUGAAUGAAUGAUGAAGCUACACUUCUUUAAAAACAUUUUUUUUUUAUUUGCAUCGAACUCCCAAAUAAAGUGGUGACAAAUAAUUUUACAGCUGUGAGAAGCAGAAUAAUGAUACAUAAAUCUAAUCUGACAUCUAUCUGAUGUUACAAAAUCUGUAAUGUGUUUCCUAUAUGCAUAGAAAUCGUUAAUUAGACUCACUACUUUAAAAGACGUUAAUUUGGAAGAUAUUAUAUAAAUCCUCAAAGGUGAAUCUUUGAUUUUGUGUUAACUUAUUCCCUAAACUUCAUCUAUUUUAUGUCUAUAUUGGGGAGAAUUUUUGCUUAAUGUUGUGUUGACCCUUUUUAUCAAGCGCUGUUAUAAUAUAAACUCCUGAAAUCUUUUUUAUGUACAUUUUCCUCUUCUAAAUCAAAUAGUUUAAUCUUUUUUUUAUAAUUGGUGUGCCCUUGAGAAUUACUUUUGGAUUACCCUUUAAAGAAAUUUUGGUGGAUACUUUUUUAAAAUUUUAAUCAAAGUGUGUUUUUCUUGUAAGAAAUAUAUGCAGGAGGCUAAAGCUAAAAAUACUCAAUUUGGAGACAUGGCUUUGGAGUCAACUCAAACUGGCUUUAUUCAGAAACUGCUAAAGGAAUGCAAGCAGAAGGUAAAGGUUCACCUUAAUUCAUAAACAAGAAAAGGUUUUACUACUUUGUUAUUGUUAACUGUACUCUCACCAUUUUGGAAUUUUGGUUGGAGCAAUUUGCCUCGGUGCAUGAAUUUGGGAUUGGAAAAAGUGAGAAUUUACAAUACAAUUCUGUACUUUUGUGGUAAAAAGUAUCAGUACUGCAAAUGUGUAUUGAGACCAUUAAUUGGUGAGCAACCCUUAGCUAUGAAAAAGAGGAGUUAUGUGUGUAUAUUCUCGUGACACAUAGUAAUAAGUGUAAUUGUUUUAUGAUGCAGUCACUUCCAACAUGGAUCAAAUCAUUUCAACUGCAUACUCUCUGCCUUCUUCAAGCAAGGUUGUCUGAUUAUUUACGAAGCAUCUUAUCUGACAAAUGUAGCUCAUAACUUGAAAAAGACCUCCAGAUUUUAGUCCUGACAUUGCUAUCCACAUCAGAGUGACCAAGUAUAUAAUAUGACAAAUUAUUUUGUUAUCACUAUAAUAAUUGUUUUGAUCUUUACUACUCUUAUCAUCAUCAUUUUUUCAUACAAUUACUGUUAUUAUUAUUAUUAUUAUUAUUAUUAUUAUUAUUAUUAUUAUUACUUUUAUUAGUAGCAGUAGUAUUAUCAUUGUGAGAAAUUUUUUUUAUACAGUCAUUGCAUGUUUGGAAAGUCCACUGAAUGAUUUGGGGGUGUUGCUCCUUUCACACCUGCACUUGAGGUUUUGAAAACACGAAUCCUUGAUAGUUGCUCUUGUCUGCCUUUAUAAUAAGUAACGUUUCCUCUUACCUGCAAAGCCCUAUUACUAUUUUCAGACAAAAAAAAUUUUGGUGCAGAAGAUGGGACAAGAAGCAGUGGAUCUUGGACACUCUGAUGCAAAUGUGUCUGGAGUGGAAGAGAAUACAUUAAUAGCCAGUUUGUGUGAUCUAGUGGAAAGGAUUUGGAGCCAUGGUCUGCAAACAAGAGAGGUACAGUCUAGACAUUGCCUUUAAGCUACCACUGCUUGCAUUCAAUAUAAAUACUUGUAUUCCUCCAUCCCCAUUGCUUUAUUGGGACCCCCCUCUUUUGAACCACUUGUCUAAAGCUUCAACUCCACCUCCCCUCCCCUCUCUCAUUCAUUUGGGCUUGGUAGCUUUAGUUAACAAUACAAAGAAAAUAUACUCAUUUUAAAACCUUCAGGGAUUUCCUUCAUAAAUAUCAUCGAUCUUUCUACCAGAAAAUAAACAUACUCUAAGUGGUUUUCAUUAAUUAUAACCUAUUUUAAUUAACUAUUUGUUUUACCUCUACUCCAAUCAUCCUAAACUCCACUAAAUACUAUUAUUUCUCUAACAAGCUCUUGAUUUGCAAGGCUCCCAGACAGGGGCUUAGUAGAAUUGGAUCAAUCAGAGAGAAAGGUUCAUUAGAGAGGGGGGGAGGUGGAAGUUUAUUAAAAACGUGUGGAUUAAAUUGUAGUUCCCAAGCUAAAAACCAAGGAUGGAGGUUAUUAGAGAAAAGGGAGACUUUGAAAAGAGGAGAGGGCCUGGUAGAGGGUGUAUACUACGGACAUCUAUAGGUUUUCAUUUCUAUAACAAGGAGAGUUGCAUUGAGUUGAAAUUUUCUGUGUGAACCACAUGGACCAUCUACAUGUAGCAAUGUACAAUAUUUUCACCUAUGAUAACAUUCAUUAUUUUGGCCACCAUUUUGAAAGAGGGUCCAACGUUGAUAAUAUUUAGGAAAUUCUGUUGUUCCUUAAUUUUAGGGUAAAUCAGCUGUGUGGUCACACUUGUUAGCUUUCCAGCUUGAAUGUGAAGAGUUAGAAGAGGAAAUAGUAGACAGUCAAGACACCAAUAGUCUUUCACCCUCGGCAGGUAUGAUACUUGUGUGAAGAGGUGUAUUUUAUGUAGGUAGUGACAACAUGAACCAAAUUCAAGCAAACAGCUUGAAAUGCGAAAAAACGCGAAUGACUAAGUCACGAUUGGUGUAAGUUUUACCUGGAGAGGCUGGCGCAAGGUUUUGAGACCAAUCACAGAUUGUUUUCUACAAUCGGUUAAAAUUCCUCUUUUGAUUUGUUAUUUUAGCCAACAAGGAAACAGACAAACAGAGUCAGUUGAGAAGGAGAUGCACAUCACCUGACAUCGCAAAAAUGCUGCAGUCUGUUCAGCUGUCAGAACAGCAAUCCACUUUUGGCUCAAUAUUAGCUGACAUGAGGUAUGUUAUCUGUACAUCAGCGAUUAUUAUCGAGUUGUUGAGUGCAUCUUGUACACAAUGAAUACUUGUAUUUCAACGGACUUGCUUAGGGCUCCAGAUAACCAGCCUUAAAUUGCGUUCUUACCAUCAUUUCAUCUUUUUGCUGAAUAAAUUUGACAAGAAGCAUCCGUUCAAUUUCUUUAGAUAUCUCGUUGUGUUCGUUGUGUUACUUUGCUUAGAGAUCUACGCCAGAAAUUUGCUUCUAAUAUUUGGGGAAGCAUCCUUAUAUGGCAAAUGUUUCCCACAAUUAUUCAAGCGGUCUUAAACUGCAAGAGAUAAAACAGGAAUGUUUUGGUUGACCUUCAACGCAGCACUUCACUAAGUUGUUAGAUUGCCACAAAAAUGCUAAAGAAAAGUGCGCAUUGCCCUCCUAUUCUUUUUGCCAUAGCUAAGCUUUUACCUGCAGCCCUACAGCGUACUUGGUUAUUUGCGCCUUAGUCAGACAAGUUCGGAACAAUUUUUUGCUUUGCAUAUUUUGGUAUGUACAAUGUAUGAUAAUUUUUUUUGUUUCCACUAGCCACGUGCAGGGUAUGGCUGAAAUCAAAACUGACAUCGGACAUGCUCGAGCAUGGAUCAGGUGAGCAUGACGUAUGGCCCGGAUGUUAGCAUCAGUCAUUUCAUCUUUCCCUUCAAAAACACGCAAUUUAGAACCAAGUUUCUGUCCUUUUCAUGUUUAUGAUACUUCUGUUUUAUUCUUUACCUCAAAGACUUGCUUUAGAGAAGAAGGUUAUCUCUAGGCACUUGAAGCAACUGCUUUCAAAUACAAAUCUUCUGAGGUAAGAAAGUAAAUGUCCCUUAUCAUUAAGUGUUUUUGAGAAAAUGUCGAAAAAAGACUCUUUACAUUGAGAGAAAGCUUUUUAAGAAAGUGAAUACUGUCACUAAUUAUUCUCAUCCUUGCUUUUCAACAGAGAGAGGUACAAAGAUUAUGCCUUCUUGCGGACAGAAGAGGAAAAGGAGCAGUUCCUGUAUCAUCUUCUUUCUCUCACUGCUGUUGACUUCUUUUGUUUUACAAAUGGUUUUCAAAAUACAGGUUGGUAUUUCAUUCAGUUUUCUUCUGCCAAAUAAACUAAGGUUGUACGUCUGCUGUCGAAAACAGAAUCUCACGAAUAGUAAAUCUCUUACUGAUAGUAAAUCUUGUAGAGUACAAACAAAAAUGUAAGUGGUAUUUUAAGAGCUUUAACUAAGAUCGUCGGUUAAAAUCCAUAAACGUUAAGCUACUUUUUAGUUCUGUGAACCUAUUAAAGGCUGUUCAGGUUUGUUCUAUGGCCGCACGGCCAACCCUAACUCUAUCCCAACCUUAGACGUUCCCAGGGAUCUCAAACGAGAAAGUGUAAUGCAGAGGUCUCACAGGUUAAUCACGUGUUUUGUUUUAAUUUGUGUAUUUGUCUCUUUGUUCGAUUUUCUUCAUGAUUGCUCUUUAGCCAUUACAUAUAAGGUGGUGAUUAAGACUGGUAAGCAACUGGGUGGUAGCACCACAACAGCGCAGUCGUGGAUGACUCUGGCCGGCAGCAUUGCAGAUACAGGUGUAAUGAAUAUACCCAAGAAUGAGAACGAGUUCAGAUUUCAGGUAAGGAAUUCACUUGCGAGUUACUUUUGCGUCAAUUUCGGAACUAAACAAGGUGAAAAAACAGCUAUUGCGACUCAGGGUUUGAAUUUGCUCACAGAGAAUUGCAUGGAUUAUGCCAGGGAGUAAAUUAUUUACAUUGAUUCACUUUUAACAAGCACAAACGAGAGUAGUUGUAGCUUUUUACAUCCUGGAACUGAGCCACCGCUCGAAAAAUUAGCUUGUAUUGAUGUUUAUACAGCCUUGCACGACCCUCUAGGCAUUUGAGCCCUUGACAUAACGCUCCCAUUCAGAACACAUUUGCGCAUGAACACGAUUACAUUUUUAUCGCUUUUACCCCAACACUAGAUUGAUCUCGCCAUCUCCAUCGUUGUUCAAGAAAGGCAUGUUCUGUAGAUCUUGUAUCUUGCAGUAAGCUAUCAAUAUUCUUUCUCAACAGCAUGCUAACUUGGGGGUGUUGACAACACUCAGGAUAGGACACGAUAAUACUGGUAAGAUAAAUGGCACAGUAUUCACCUCAUGCAUCAUAAGUCUUCUGACGUCUAAACAUUCCAACUUGCAUUAUAUCCACCUCUCGCUUGGAGAAGUUAGAAAUAACUCCACAGUUUAGUGAACACAACAACACCCAUAUAAAGGUAUUUUCACUACAUCCCAAUUCCUUGUUUGGUUCACCUUCUACACCCUAAUAUCAGUAUGCAUAUUCUCCAUACUGUUCAUCAUACAUUUCCUAAGGUGCUGACAAGGAGAAUUUGUCUAACAAUCAAGAACUUCCUUAGUUAAUGAUCAUUUCCUUUAUUCUCAGUGACCUUGAUGUGUGAUUCAGGGGAGAUAUAGCAGGGAGAAAUUAGAUGCUGGUCACUCUUAGGGGUGAAAGGGUUAGGGUCAGAGGGAUGAGUGUUUUUCGACCAGGCUAAAGGAAAGCCAUGUAGCCACGUAAUGUUUGCUGCCUUUCUUUUGCUGCUAUGAGGAGAAAACAGAUUUUAGAGCGAUUUUUUUGUCAGAUUGUUUUGCUUGGAUACGUUCUGUGAUUGGUUCAAAAAACCUUUGUUGCCACUCAGAUGUGAAAUCCAAACCAUUGUGAGUUGUUUGUAGACUGUUUCCAGUGUUGGCAGUGACUGCAUUUAUUUUCGUUGACCUCUUAUUCGUGUGUAUUUAAUUUCCCAAAAAUAAUUUUUUUUGGAAUGACCUAAUCCUAAUUUAUUUUCCUUGAUGUUCCAAGGUUACAGCCCAGGCUGGUUCAUUGAACAAAUCAUAGUCAAGAAUGAAGUGACUUCGCAUAUUUAUAGGUAAGCACGACUUUCUCUGAAUUGUAGGAUCCGUAUUUGUCCUAGUGUUAAAUUUGUUGAAUGUUUCCACAGUAACUUAGUUCGUACUUCGCAGAUUUUCGUGUGGGCGUUGGCUUGCCAAGAACAUGGAUGACGGCAGUACUGAGAGGCUUCUUGUUGCAGAGCUUAUGAAGACUAAAGGGACUGAGGAAGGUAAGAUUUGUUGCGGUAUGUGUUACAAUAUAUAAUAAGGGAGGGUCCGACAGGGAAAUAUUCGGCCCGAGGUCAUGAAGGACGCUGGACUGACCGCCCUUCGUUGUUAAAUGAUCAUAUUUAUUUAUACCCUUACAUACUGGAAAUUGCACAUAAAAGUUAAUCAACCUGGUACAAAAACCUAUUAUUUCGAACACUUUUUGUUUUGGCCGAUAAGGCUCGACUGAAACCAAUGAAAUACCAAAGUUUUCACCUCGUUACUAUGGUGUCCCAUCGUUUAAAUGAAACUGUAUCAGUAAUUUUCUAUCUAUAGCCUAUUGACAAAGCACAGAACAUACGCGGCAUAAAAAGCUUUACAAAACUUAGAAGUCAUGAGUACGAAUACAUCAUGUGAUAAAAAUAUUUGUAAUAAUUAUGACUGCCGAUAUUCUGAGUUACAACACGGCCAUGAUUAACUACCUUUCGAAGCGCAUGACUCCGGAAGUUGCCACUUUUUCUUAGCAUCGCUUUAUCUCAUCGUGAAUCAUGAAUUCUUUUCACUUCGUUUCUUCUUUCGACCUUCGUUCGAUACAAUUUGACUAUUGGCCAGCGCAACCUGCGCAAACAAUGCAGUAAAGACACCGCCAACCUUCACGUUGUACUUUGCCGAAAUUUCCGCCAAAUACAGUUUUGUUUUUUCGCUCAGACAGACUCCAUUCCGGUGAAACUGUUCAUGUACUUAAGUUUAUUCUUUUCUUUGUUUUCACACCUUUAAUUAUUCCAAGAUAGUUUCGCAAUUUAUUUCUAUACAUGUCGUGACUAACCAACUAUUUUUUCCAUUUGAUAAUUGUGACAUGUCCUCACCGAAACUUCAUGUUUUAGGCUGAGUUUUUCGACAUGCAUAAACUUCUACGCAACUGCUCUAAGUCUGAGAGAUCUCCUUCGUUUACGAUUCGACCCAGUCUCUGACGUAUUAGGACUGUCGUGCUGUUUGUUAUCGCUAACACUCUGUUAAUAGAGGGGCUCAAAAUGAACAUUUUCCAAACAUCUUACAUACGCCGAUAUAAACAAGCGGUACUUGAUAAACCACAAUAACUGGUCAGACAGGCGCGAUUAUCUUGCAUUUUUUUUAAUGAGAUUUUAUGGAUGGGUCCAAUCUGCGCCAAUAUGAUUAUUGUUGCAGCUGAUCUGUUAAAUUACCGUAAUCUAUACCAUGCGCUGAACGUUUCCGCUUCAUUCCAUUCCAGAGCUUGUCCAUCUUUGUCAAUAAUGUGUUGUUCUUCGCUGAACGAAACCGAGUUUUAUCUUCAAAACUUGUUGAAAAUGUCAUUUCCUAACGCCUUAGUUACUAAGUCGAAGAAAAUAAUCUAUUGGAGGUCAAUUGGGGUGAUUGUUUUCUCUGAGGUAAAUCACUUAUACUGUGAUGAAAAUUCUGCUGCAAUAACUGAAAUUUUUGUAACUUAAAUUUAAUCUUCAAAGUAUGUGCUAACUUGAUAAGUUUGGCAAAAGGUAAGAAUCGCUUUCUUGAAAAUGAUAAGAGUAAAAACACUCGGUGAAGAUCAUUUGUUAUUUUGCCCAGUGGAUUAUUUAGGAAAAUAUGCAGAGAGCAAUGGAUAAAAAUGAAGAAAUCCUUCUCGUUAUGCGGCAGAAACAGGUUAAAACAUCGAUAUAACACUUCCUUACUGAUCGUUGAUUAUCUUUACAACUUACGGAUAUGAAAGUAUUUUUGGUGUGAUGCGUUAAGAGGAUGUCCAGGUUGAAGAGAAAUUGUAGCAUAAAUGUUUAUAUUUGUUAACCCGGAAACGCAUUGCAAUCGCGACGUUCAGGUGAAUUAUAAGUUCUGUAAAUUUUGGCAACACCUUGAGCAGUUAACCAGUGAUACUUGAGGAUCUUACGACUGAAAUACUCGUUUAGUGAUGUCUGAAGUCUUUCGAAACAGUGAAUGCACUACGGCACAACUUCAUUGCCAAUAAUAAUUUUGAAAUUGAGUUUAACUAGAGAGAUCACCAACCAUUUCUUGUGGGUUCAUAGACUAAUACAAACACCUAUCUCUUGGAAAACACUUCGUGAUUGACCAGUGGCGCUAACUAGAGUGUAAUCGUCGCAUUCGGGUCACGUUAUCGUGCUACAUGCCUCAAAAGGGGUGUACCCCUUGUUUUUUACACAGCGUAAACAGCUUGAUGCACUUGAUUCUGAAAAAAUCUGUCAGUAAAGGUUACCAUUAACGUCUCCUUCUGUUCCUUCUCGCAAUUCCUUCCGAAAAAUAGAAUGUCUCGUAAUCAAAUUAUGGAAUGAAAGGUUUUAUUCAUGGUUGCAAUCUUGAUAAUGAAAGAAAUACUAGUGCGGCUAAAUUGUCAACGAAAUCGCCAUUGUGGCGCAAUUUUUCAGUCGAUAUCUUAACAUUGAACAUGUUCGUUAAAGCUUCCGGCCAGCCAUCUGUAAUUAUACGUUUUUAUCAUUUUUACUGAAUUCGGUGUCUAAAUAUGGUAUUUUUUAAACAAUUCUAAUAAGGGUGCAAGGAAUAGUGAUACGUGAUGCUAUUUCUUGUCCAUGUAAAACGUGUAAAGAGUCGGAAAAUAAACUAGAUUUGAGUUCAGGAACCCGCAACUCGACUUUUUAACGGCUCAGAUCUUCUGUCCAGUGACUCAGAAAUCCUACGUGGUUGGCUUUUGACAACCAAGAGAACCAGAUUGUGCAAUAAAUUUUAAACUGAACAAUGUUAGCAAAAAAAUGCCAGAAUAACUCAACGUAGUUCAAGUUUACUUGCGCGGGACAUACCAAAUAUGUCAUGAAUAUUUAUUCCAGGUUUUGAGUGUGAUAACAUAGUUGUGGACACUGUUUAAGAGUAAUUGUCAUUUUUCAAGUCUACAUCAUCAUUCCUCAAAUAAGAUGGGCCAGUGUUGUUGUAGGUUUUUUUUUUUUUAUGGUAAGUGGUUUUCAUAGUGGGUGACUAUCAUAGUUAGCCUUGUGGGUCACUUUUGCCCGAAAGUGUAUGGUGUUUAAGCCAUCUGGGUUUUAAAAAUGAAAUGUAGUUUCUAGUCUGACGUUUUUAAGAGGAGUCUCGAUAUCCUACAUGGUUAUCGUAUUUAUAUCUUUUCAUCUUCAAACGAAUAAUGCGAGGAAAAAUAGUCACAAGCUUAUCGCUGCAGAGUAAGGAAGUAGGAUGCGAGUUAAUGAAGUCCUUCACGUCACGGUUUGUUGAUCCCAAAAAAACAAUUUAAGAAAACAAUGAAAAAAACAUUUUUUUAAAAAUCCUCGUGGAAUUUUACGUUCGCCAUUCGUAGCUCCUCUUAAUCUUCUCGUCAUGAAUCAUUCUUGUUUUCUUUUACCCUUUUGGUCUUGUUAUAUCGUUGGUUUCCUUUUCUUUUCUUUUCUCUUCUUUUUUUUUUUUUUUUUUUGUUGUUUGUUUGAUUGGUUUUUCGUUCUUCAUGAACUGAUUUCUUGUUCUCACCUUCAAAAUUAAGAAAAGUUCAAAAGUCCAUUACAUCCAAGGUUGAUCGCUUUCAAGGGAAAACACCUGGUUAAGAUUAGAAUUGGUUCUCAUUUUUUUCCUCGCGCUUGCUUGAUCUUGCUGUUGGGUGCGUGCUUAUGGAAUGCGGUAAAUUUUGUCUCUCCGAGCGUGGAGGGAUUUUACCGGAGAAAGAGACUAAGUAAAGACGGAAACCCUUGUUCCUGAAACCGGAGAAACAAAACCCCGACUGCUUUAUACUCAAUCAGUUUCUUAUCAACCUGCACAGUUUUCGCGUGAAUGCGCAACCAAUAUCGUUACAUGAUUUUGCUCAUUCUUUAACACCUUACAUACCUAUCUUAUUGUAAACAGUUCGUCUGUCUUAAAUGGAUGUUUCUCAUCGAAGUCGUGUUUUGUGCGGAUAGGCCACAAGGGUGGAAAUUCUGAAUAAACAUGCCCGAUUAAGUAGUGAACGAACGUCACAUUUACGUCAUUAAAGCGGAAAAAAGCCUAGCCAAGUGCCUGGUUUUUGAGAGGUAAAUGUCUGAGGCUGUUUUAGAAAUAAUGAAUAAAAACCUCAUUUCACUUCAUUUUCCUGCACGUUUACUUCGCCAUAAGGUCAUAUGUUUUGCAUUAUUGGUGUGUGAAUAGCACCUACAUUACUUUGAUGCCUUCUCAUCGGCUUUAAACUAUGCAGGGAAGUUCAUAUUUAUUUGUAAAUCUAUCGUCUGGAGUCUCAUUAUUUUGUGUCUCGGAUUACGAUGUUAUCCUUGCGGUCUGUUUUAAUUCCCUCUGGGGUUAUAAAUCGCUUCAAAGCCAUUCAGCGUUUUUCCCCGUCCUCGUAUUACUCACCCACGCUAAAAAUACAGAGAUGACAGGCGGAGAUUAGAAUGGAUGACCCUAUAAAUACAGGUCGCGUAAAUUCAUCUCAGAUAGUUAAGGACAUCACCGAGUAAACACAAGAGUGAUCAGAAGAGAGGGAAUUCUAAGAGAGUUUGGUUCUUAUCAAUCGUGGCCUCUUUAUUUGGUUUAAUUACGCCCACAAAGAUGAAGGCAAAAAUCAAGAAGCAAGGUGAAAAGUGGCAAAAUUCGGUUGACACGUUGCCGCUUCCACGGAACGUUUUCAACGUGGUUGUCCUCGGUGCGGGAGGCGUAGGAAAAACGUCGCUUGUUACGCGUUUCGUCAAGAAUGAAUUUUCAGAUCGCUACAAUCCAACAGUGGAAGAUUUGUACGAGAGGCCCAUUGAGUUGAGAAAAGGUGUCAGUGCAGUUUUGCAAGUGCUAGAUACGGCGGGUUCUUAUCAAUUUCCUGCCAUGAAAAGACUGACACUUCAGUACGGAGAAGCGUUCAUUAUUGUGUAUUCAGUUGUCGAUCCUGCUUCACUUGACGAGGCAGUGAAACUGCAGCAAGAAAUCUACGAGGCCAAAGGCACAGAAGAUGUACCCAUGGUGUUUGUUGGUAACAAGUGCGAUCUGAACUCAGGAACAGACAAACGGCUUGUGAGUCAUGCCAUCGCGUCUACGCUCACUCGCGGAAAAAACUGUAUUUUGGCGGAAACUUCGGCUAAGUACAACGUGAACGUUAGCGGUGUCUUCACUGCCUUAUUGGCGCAAGUUGCAUUAGCCAAUAGUCAAAGUAUAUCGAACGAGAGACCAAGGAAGAAGCGAAGUGUAGUUUCCUGAUUUGACUGAAUGCGAGGAAACGGAAUUUCAGUUAGGAACUUGUGGUUUGGUAUAUGGACUAAAGGCUCAAUACAUAAAAUUAGAUAUCCGUCUCCGCUCAUGACAUGACAUUUUCGUGUUGAACUUGACAUAUUAUUGCAAAGAGUUGCUACAAUGUUGCGCAACGCCUUAAGGGCAUAGCAAAUGUCCACUUUUCCAUGGUCAUGUGCGCCCUUUCCACGGUUAUGCGCGCAAUUUGCUUAGAAUCUCGUGCUCAGAAUUUAACUUAUUUGAAAUGCUAUGAACUAAUUUGUAAAUAGACAUGAAGAAAUGAAUCAAGAAUGAGGAAAAAAGACAAAAUAUUCUUUAAACGACAUCCUUAAAACAUUAUACCAAUAAAGAAAGAUAGUGCCAUAAAAUUUUAUCACGUGGCAGUUUCCGGUGUCACGCGCUGCUGAGUAAGUAAGUAAGUUAUUCAUGGCUCGUGAUAUGGUCUGGUAUUACUUGACAAGUCAGCGUAUUUGCAGUUAUGAAGAUUACAGAUUUCCUAAAGCAUGUAACUCCUUGAAAAUACUUAGUCAUGUAGAGGAUCUGUGUUCACUUCAAUUGAAUGCCUUGUAAAUAGCUGUAAAAAUGAAAAUUACUUGUACAGAUUAAUUUAAGUGAUACAACAUUGUAAUUAUAAAGAUCUCACCAAAAAAAUAAAUUAUUCAAGGUCAAAUUUUGUGUAGAGUGUACAGUUUUCGUCGUUCUUACUACUUUUCCCUUUUAUUUCCGAUCCUGUUCACAUGCAAGGUUCAAAUCUGAAUUACCAUAGCAUCAUGCAUUCAGAACGUAGAAGUGUUUAAACAUGAAUUGUUUUUUUUUUAGCCGAGUUUUAACUUAAGAAUGUUUGAAAUUUAAGGUUACAUUACUGGGUUUAUUAAGUGUUACAGGCGACUUUUAAAUUUUUUUUUGGGAGUAAAGGAGGACUUUCGAUUUCUAUUUUCUCUGACAGUUUAUUAACUAGAUAAAGAACAUUCAUCUGCAAUAGCCCUCGAUCAAUUCUUCUUUUUCGUGUGGGCUAGGAAGAAUAGAGGGCUGUUCUUUCAGGAAGUGCUUAGGAAUGAUUGUGAUAUCUGAGAAGAUUUCGAAGCAAUCAUUCCAAUGCAGUGAAUUAAAACUUCUCUUAUCCGAAAGCGAGGUUUGAUGAUAGACUCUGCGCUAUCGUACGAGGUCGGAAAGAUGUAAAGUGGCUUUUUGAGAAAAAUCCUACUGCUUUAUACGGUCUACUUUUGCAUCAAUCUUAACGUUUUCUGGGAUUCCUUGUAACUUCAGAGAUGAUUGUCAGUUACACCAUCAUUCUAUUUUUCUAAACAGAUUAAAGAAUGCGUGACUGGUCUUGUCUGUUGUGCCAUUGCAGAAAAGGCUAGUAACGCAUUUUCGUCUGGGUCAUGCCUUUUUUGUCACACAGUGAUCAGCGUUGUGGGGAAUUCUCUCACACCCAAUCUGAUUUAAAACGUGUUGGUCGUUACAGAGCAAUUAGACUUUGAUAAAGUAAUGCAACAAAGUUUUGUAACAUUCGAAUCACAUGAGUCAAGCCGACCCUCUUAUCCACGGAUGCGAUAUUGCUCCGGUAAUCUUCCACUUGGAGUGAAGUGAUGUUAUUUUUGAAAACAAAUACCUGAUUAUUUAAGUAGACAAGCUGCCUUAAAAAAAAGAAAAAAAAAAAAAAACCUUUAUUAGUUCAGUCAACAUUACAAUGUUAUGACUUCCGGUUUGGCACAGUAAUGCACCGUCAAAAAAUGAGGUUAUUUUGCAAAUCAGCAUAAUCGCCAAGUGAUGUAUUUAGCCAACACUUACCAUAAAUAUUUAUGUGAUGAUGUAAUGCGUGUGCCACAUCACUUAAUAAUAUCAGUAUUUGAUAUUGCAUCACCUGAAAGUAGUUGGAGAAAAACUGUACUUAGAGGCAAGUGCUUCUGCAAUUAAAUUUAAACCAGGAAAAAGUCUAUAAUCAAAUGAAAUUUGGUGUGCUAUUCACACACCAGUAAUGCAAAACAUAUGACCUUAUGGCGAAGUAAACGUGUAGGAAAAUGAAGUGAAAUGAUGUUUUAUUCAUUAUGUCUAAAACAGCCUCAUACAUUUACCUCUCAAAAACCAGGCUCUUUUUCGUCCCUUCUGGGGUUGAGAGAGUGAUAACUGAAAAAAACUUGAACUCAGAAAAUAAGUUACGUUUUUUAUUCUUAAAGUUGAUGAUUUAUGUUUUUUCAUAGCUAGAUAAAAUACUGCAUUUCAUUCAGCGUAUAUUCUGAACUCUCAGGCACAAAUAAUAUAUUUUUUAACGGGAUUCGUGCGGCAUAAUCCUUUCUGACAGUUACGAUUUGAAAUUAAAACAGAUGGCAACUUCAGGAUUUUCUUGUCGUUCCCCUCGUCUGACCCACGUCAGACAAAGCAAUGCUGGUCUUUACUCAAAGCUUGAUCACUUCACCACCAAUUUCCAAAAGCAGAAAUGACGGGGUGGCGCAAACUGGAUGGUUGACUAAACAAUGGUGCUAUUUUGGGACAUGGAGGUGUGCGGAAGUACAUAUCGCCUGACACACCCAUCUAAUAUGGCCUAAAGGGAAUUUUUGGAGAAAUACAACCAGUAUCUAAAAAUAUCACCAAUUUCUGUUUAUAUUGAGCACAACAAUUUUUUUGUAUCUUUGCUGUAAUGCUCUUUGAAUUGUAAUACGUUGGAUUACAGUGGUAAACCUGAAGGAUUUCUCUUUUCUAUUCUCUUUGUCUCAAAUAAGUCUGCGUCCAAAUUCUAAGUCUUCCUGUUGUCUUAUGCCACCUGCAGCUUGCACUCGUAACAUUGCAUCACUUUCAGGUUUACCUUGAAAAUCUCAAAAGAGCCAGAAGUUGGAACUUCCGAGACUUAAACUUGCGUGGCGUUUGAUUUUUUUGUGUGCUUUAAAGCAACGAGAGGCGAAGCCGUGAGCGUUUAUGACCUUUACCACUUCCGUCUCAAACCUCUCAUAAACCGCACACAAAAUCGCCAACUAUGUAAGCAUCUAGAUUUUGGAAGACCGUGACCUGUCCCUAGGGGCCUCCAGAUUCUAUACGCCGUUGUGUUUCAGUUCAUUUGUUUAUGUUACUUUUAUUGACAAAGGAUAAUGCACCUUGCAGAGUUUGUCUUUUACGUUACCCAACAGAUGAAUUCCGGAUUCUGUGGGCUGCAAACGUUAAGCUUCAAUUAGAAAACUUUUUUUUUCGGUCCAACUUAUCUUUCUGCGGUCACUUUGAGUUCAUCCCGCCCUCAUUUGUUCGUUAAGAGUUUAUACUGCUUUGGACUUACAACUCUCAUUGUUUCUCACCAUCACAAUUUUUUAUUUUUUGAUUAUCAGAUGGAAACCUAGCAGAAGUUUGUCGCUUGUCUCCACAGAGAAGAUCCCCUGUACUCUCAAGGAAAAACCGCGAAAGUAAGUUUCUAUGUUCUGUCCAAAUCGCAAAGUUCCUUUUUUGCCACGAUCUUAACUUUUUGUACGUCCUUGGUCCACGGAGGGCCUUAACCCAUUUUUUUUCUUCGAUCAAUUACGACCGUUGAUAUUUUAUAAUGCAUCUCAAAAAAAACUGGCGGUUGGUUCGCCUUUCAAAGUUUGAAGAAAGUGGAUAGAACUUUUGCUCUCUGAAAACUUACCCACCACUCAAUGUUUGCACGCUAAAGUUUGCUCAGUAAAACCAUUAGGUUGGCACGAACUAAUAUCUGUCAUCCAGUAUCCAGAAUCCGAUAGUUUAAUCGAAAUGAUCUUGCAGUUGGGUGCGUGCUUAUGGAAUGCGGUAAAUUUUGUCUGUCAAGGCGCAAAGAGAUUUUACCGGAAAGAGAGGCUAAGUAAAGACGGACACCCUUGUUCCUGAAACCGGAGAAACAAAACCCCGAGUACUUUAUACUCCAUCACUUUCUUAUCAACCUGCACAGUUUUCGUGUGAAUGCGCAACCAAUAUCGUGACAUGAUUUUGCUCAUUCUUUAACACCUUACGUACCUAAUUUGUUGUAAACAGUUCAUCUAUCUUAAAUGGAUGACUUACCCACCACUCAAUGUUUGCACGCUUCAGUUUGCUCAGUAAUACCAUUAGGUUGGCACGAACUAAUAUCUGUCAUCCAGUAUCCAGAAUCCGAUAGUUUAAUCGAAAUCUUUCUUAUUAUCCAUACAAAUAUGUAGCUUGACUUGUGCAAUUUUAGAAACUUCGCUUGUUUUGAGGAGUACCUGGUUGUACCGUCUCCCUCCCCUAGAUUCUGAAUUCUAAGGAAGCGGUCGGAGGUAUCAAUUAUUUGGACCUUUAAAUCAUUUCUUUUCCUUUUUCAGGGAUUCGUAUCCCGGAAGUGCAAGAACGUGUUGCUGAUGCCGUUAACAACAUCGUGAAACAUUUCUACAAGCCUGAGAAAGAGGUGACGGUCAAGUAGCACUAUUUCACGUUUUGCCUUUUUAAAACUUUAGUUUCGGGUGCUGGAUUCUUUUUUUCGCUCUUUCAUCGGGUAAAACUGUGUAAACCUCAAGUAAAUCAUUCUGUUUCAGAGAGGAAACCUAACCUAUUUAUUAUGUGGUGAUGGAGGUCUCUGUCAAGCAUUGGAGCAGGUAAAAUCCAAGCAUUUUUGUUUAUUAUAGGACACUCUCCUUGUCGAUAACAAUAUAAUUUUGUAAUAAAAUAUGUUGUUAUUGUUCAUCGUGAUUUAAGAUAGGAGAUAAACUUUAUUCGUUUGUCUCACGAUAGAGCCACUUUUGAUGUUGAUCGCGACGUUUCGACUGCAAUACUGCUAGUGUUCAUCAGGCGAUGAGGUCGAUUGUUUACGUGUCGCUAUUUGUAGCACAUUGGUUCGCUGCUAUCGGUGCUUUUCGAUCCUCACUAUUAUUCCGGUUGUAAGAUGAUGUUCCCUCAUAGGUCCUCACUGAUCAGCUGUUGUGUUGUUUGAUCGUGGGUAUCCAAGCUUCGGGAAUUCCGAUUCCAUUAUUCCUAUUGAUGUUGUCGGGAUGAAGUCUUAUAUGGAUAGCCUGUUUGACCCUACGUGUGUACCAGUGGGGGUCACGAUCAAUAAACUUAACCUUGCUCCAAAUAGGAAUAUACCCCGUUUCGUUAGCGUGCUCCGAAACCGCAGAGGUCUUGAGUACGAGCAAAGCCAAUGUCUCUGUCAUGUUCUUUUUAUCUUUUCUCGCAUUGAUCUCCCUGUUUCACCGAUAUACACUUUGCCGCAUUCACAUUGGAUCUUGUAAACGACACCGUCUUGUUUUGUUGGUUCCAGGACGUCUUAAGGUCGUAUUAAGUGAGACCUAAGUGUUGUGUCAGACUUGAAGACGGUCCAUAUGCCCUGAUGUUGUAAGCAGCGGUCAAGAACCUCUGAUACACCCUUUAUGUGAGGGAAAAGGAUUUAGCGUUAAAUUCUGCGCGGGUUCUUUUUUGGCUGUUGCCCUUGUUGUCUUUGCAAGUUUCCGAAAAUAUAAUUUCAUAUGGUGAAGAAUUGAGGAAAGGACGUAAUUUUUUUGUCUGUAGGUAUUUCAGUGUGGUUUUAAGUCAUUCCGACUUUUCCGUAACAAUUUCUUCAUCUGGGAUAUUUUGGGUAAGUGCUGCUUUCUUAUGUAAAAGUUACAGCACAUUGACAAGCGAAGACAGGGUGCGCACGCACGGCACGGAAAACCUGGAAACUUGUAGCACUGCACCACAUCAUUUUUUAGGCAUGAAAAGCGCUCGAGUGAAGAGGACGUGCGUCGCACGCGAUCAGUCAGCGGGGCUCGGAGUCUGCGUUACCAUUUGGGUAAAGAGAGUGAAAGUCUCGCCUAAGAGAGGAAAACGCGCAUUCUCCUCGUGCAUUUCCUUCUUUUUACCCGUGUCCUUAAGAAAUCGCGUCGUAGCUUUUACUCAAGGGCUUAUUACACAAAUCAGGAAGGUCGAAUGAAGUGAGUCCGACUUGCGAGCUUAGUUGAAUGCCCGAGCAAAUCAAUCUCAUUUAGAAUCGCCAUAUCCAAAGACAAACGUCAUUAGCUUAGAUUACACCAUAAUGCGAAAUCUUUUUCCUGGUAAAAUGUUUGUGAAUUUUCAAAAUAGGUUUCAGAAUAAAACUUUGAGGUAUCUGAGUUUGUGGUUUGUUUUUCUUCUUUUUCCCGUCUCUAAUGUUUACAGAAAAAGGUCAGCAGUAUCUUUCGUCCGCAGAGGAGGACUCGGAUCAAGUCGAUCCAAUGAAAAGACCGCGAAGAACUUACUGUAGCGUAAUAACGCGAAUAAAUAAUGCGUCACACACCAUCGGCAAAGACGGCAAGGUGCGUCUGCUUUUAGAGCUUAGUCUUCCUUGGAUUCUGAAUUUCGUACUUUAAUAGGUUGACAUCAUUCAAUUUACAUGUGAUAAGCGUUUUCACCACAUGAAGAAGUUAUCCCAAAUGUUGUCCCAAAUGUUUCCACCAAUUCUAGAAACCAUUUUAGAAAGAGGGGUCUGCUAUUUUUGUCGACAAAUUAAUUACUAAUAUCAUGAAACAACUAUUAAAUUAAAGGUAGCAGUGGUGUUAUUUGAACUAGAAAAUUAAAAAUGUGAAAUAUGAAAAGAGUGCAAGCAUUUCCUUGUUUUCUUGCAGUUCCAGUCCUUUGUGUGCCUCGGUGCGCGGUAAGUAUCAUUUUCCAAUGAUUAUAUAUAUAUUUUUUUAAAGAGCUAAUUGUCUAGUAGUUUGUGGUGAUCAAAUUAAAUUAGAUGGUAGCGCCAGUUUUCGCCAACUGCUAAGUAAAAAAAAUUGCAAUCUUUUUGUCGCAGCCAAAAGACCAAGGCAUGUUUUUCAGUCAGCUUCGAUAGGAAAUAGCUGCAACUGCUUCUUUAAUCUUUCACUAGCAUUUUUAUUUUUUUGCGCCUUUCAGUUCCCGUCCUACGUUACUCUCCUAACAUUUUUGUCCUUCCCUUCCCUCAGAGACCAUUUGCUUCACAACUGGUUCGAACUGCUAUCCACGUGUCCUGCAACAACCAACAUGUACGACACGCCUUCAUUCUUCAGAGACAGUGGUCUAAUGCAGUUUUUGGUGGAGUUACUUCAGACUUUAGUUGAAUUCAACAUCACACUGGAAGCCUCGCUUCUGAAAGGAAUCUCUUGACACAAUAAAGAUUGGAAACUUUCUUUUAGACAGCAAUCUCUUAGAUCGUUCAUAGUCAUUUUUGAGCUUUCGAAUACCAGCUGCAGAAGGAGUAUAGACCAGAAUCUCUUAAUCGGGUCGGUCUGUGUGGUGACGCUAAAAUGCAAAGCGUGUGCAGCUGGCUAUCUGAAAACGGCCGGAAUGCCAAUGCGCGCUUUUAAAAUUCGUUCGUCUGCUAUUCUCUUUGUUAAUAUAUCCAAGCAUAAGAUUUAAAUGCGCUUGAUUAACUUGCCAUCAAACCGAACGCGGUGAGCGGAGACUUGCAUGCAAUAUUUAAAGUACUUUCUGUAUAGUAACCAACAUUGGCCUCAUGGAGAGAAAGGGUUGCUUUUGUACACAACAUUUUUUCGUAUUUUGUAAGAUAAACAUCAAUGCCGAAAUCAAAUUGGGCGAAAAUAAUUUUUUUUACUUAUAAUAAAUGUAAAUGCAUGUGUAAAUAGAUUAACUUAUUGAUCUUUAGGUUAAUCGAAGGUUUAAAGACAAUGGUUAAUGAAGGUUUUCUAAGUGACAGACAAUUUUGUAUUGAUUGGUAGAGUAAAACAAAAAUGUCAAUUUGUUCAGUCAAACAAAGAAGUUUUUCCUCUGAAGACCUGCGCAUUUACUAGCAGCUUAAUUUUUAAGUAAUCUUAGACUGCAAAUUACACCUCUGAUUACCUAGACAGGUGCUAGGGGAGGUUUAAGGUUAAGGUUAAGAAGUCGCGCGUGACUUACAGCAACACUUCUCGCGCGCGUACCGUCUGUAACCCUUCACGCAGGCUGGCACUAUUAUAACCUCAUUUCCAAGGAAAAGGUUACCCAGGUAACAAAGAGGGUGAAAGGCCCCUGUAAGGAAUAUGAAAUCUCCUUGGCAAUUUUAUUAAGGUCUUGCCAAAGCUACGUAAUUUUCUGAUAAGAAAUAAAACUUUGUUUAAUUUAUUAUUAAUUAUUUAUUGGAAACAAUUCCAUUUUGAUAUGUUUUGAAAUUGAAAUAAAGGUUGGGG